GUGACAAAGAAGAAGUUUUCUUGGGGGCGCCUCCUAGGAUCAUCGUAAUCCCAGCACAAGCCCAGAGAAGUGUCACGUUCCUUGCACCAGGUUGUAAAACAAUGAGCAUGUAAAGAUUUCUCAACCUCGCACAAGGCCCUGUUGUAGAUUUUGGGUGGCAAGAAGUUUGUCAAUGGCUUGGGCUGCUAAAAGGGCAGCUGCCGCAAGCACUCUGCGAUGGGCUGUAUGCCUAGGAGAAGGUCCCCACAAAAAGUCUGGUUCCAAGUUUCAAAAGGCAAGCUUUGCACCCAAGGAGGGCACUCUCCUGGUGGUGUCAAAAUUGGCCGGACCACAUAGGCGGAAGAAGCUGAGCACUACUUGUGCAUUGCCUUCUUCAGCCACGUCACUUGGUGCUUUCCCAGAUCAUGUCUUGCUUCUCAGAAGGUUCCUACAUUCAAGGACAAUUGCUCAGCGUAAACGAGUACGGAGAGGGCUUCGAGUAGAGGCAGGCUGGCCCGGCACUGUUGAGGACCACAAGGAAUACACUUUCAACCUUGAUGAGUACCUGGUGACUCUCGAAAAGCCAAUUGGCAUACGCUUUGCACAGCGGGAGGAUGGCAAGGUGUAUGUGGAGGCCCUGGCAAAAGGCGGCAACGCGGAAAACAGCCGCAUGGUCAUGUUGGGCGACGUCCUCAAAAAGACGAGCGCCGUUUUCGGAGAGGACAUGUGGGAGGCGCACGACUUCUCGCGCGUCAUGUACGCCAUCAAAACACGAAGCGGGCCGGUCAGCCUCGUGUUCGAGCGCACCGCGCAGGCCCUGCACACGCGGGGGCUCGCCUGGCAGACUGCCUCGAAGGGCAGGGCGGCCGGCUGGUACCCCGAAAACAGGGCCUCCGGAAGUUCUAGACGUCCCAACGAGGCAGAUUACCUGGCGGAGGACUUUAUAGAGUCCGCGGAAGACGUGGUGGAGUCGACCAGCGGGUGGGGGAGUCAGCCGCACGAGGAAGAGUUGGCCGCCGCUUUCGAACUGCGGGGGUCAGAGCAGGGGGGUGCGAAACCGGGGUCGCACAACUACGGUGCGGAGGCGUUUUUCACGCAGAGGGAGAGCGGGUUUCCGGGGCAAGGGUUCGGAGACAUUGGGAUCGGGAGCAAGCAGAGGUUGGACGGUAGCGGGGAGCCGUCGAUGUCCGCCAGCUGGACGGACGAGGAGGUAUACGACGAGUUCUACGGGGGGGGCAGCGUGGGCGCGCAGAUCGACCCGGUGGAAGAAUACAACGACGCGAUGCGGCGUGCGGGGUGGGAUCUGGAGUACCACCACAGUCUGGGCAUGAACUACACGGAAGUGCUCCCGGAGCUGCUGCUAGGGUCGUGUCUGCAGACGCCGGCGGACGUGCAAGUCCUGGCGCGCCAGCUGGGCGUGACGGCGGUGCUCAACCUGCAGCAGAGCAGCGACCAGGUGAACUGGGGCAUCGACGGGGACGCCAUCAACCGCGCGUUCCGCGAGGAGGGCAUCCGUCUCGUGCAGCACCCCAUCCGGGACUUCGACCCACGGGACCUGCGACACCGGCUGCCGGUUGCGGUCGGGGCUCUCCACCGGUUGCUUCGGCGGGGUCACCGGGUAUACGUCACCUGCACAGCCGGCCUGGGGCGGUCCCCAGCUGUCGUCAUCGCCUUUUUGCACUGGCACGCCCAGCUCUCCCUGGACGAGGCCUACUCCGCCAUUGUGAAACUGCGGCCCUCCGCACCGAACCGCGCGUCCAUUGCUGGCGCCACGUGGGACCUGUUGGCCAUGGUGGAGGACGGCCGCCACAAGGGGGGGGACCGCUCGCAUCCGGUGCGCCUUGUGUGGAACCACGGGGGCAGGGAGUGUCUUGUUGUGGGGGAGUUUGGCGGGGGCUGGUCCGACCCCAUGGCAGCCGUGCCCAUUGGCGGGCCCUGCUUUGCUUUGGACCUGCGGUUGCCCCCCGGAAAGUACCGGUACAAGUUUAUCGUGGACGGGCAGUGGCGCCACGCGGGCGACCUGCCGACGGAGCUGGACGAGUGGGGCAACAUCAACAACGUGGUGCACGUGGGCGCCAACGGGGUGGAGCUGGGGGGGGGGACCUCGCACACCGACAUCUACGGGGCGCGCUCGUACGGCAGGAUGUUCUGGCACACGGACCAUUCCGCCGAGAAGGUGUUGGAGCGUCCACUGACAGACGAUCAAAGGCGGCGGCUCACAUAUGCGGCCACGCGCAUGGCUUUCUCAAUCUGCCCCAUCACGUAUCAUCCGAAGCUUUAUUACUGACACUUGAGAUAGAUGUGCGGAAGUGAGAUGGAUUGAGCCAUCUUUCGAGCCGCAGUGCAGCAUUGGAAAGCUACAAUGAAAUCUGGUUGGUACCGGGUAUCACAUUGGGUUAGUAUUGCUGUUACAGAAACAUUGGAUCGUACAUGGACAGUGACAAUGACUCUGUUCGAAUUGUGGCUGUAGAUUACCAAAAUAUCCGCCUGUCAACCUCCGGCCUUCUUAGUCCGUC